GCGGGGGCGCAGCCAUGGCGUCCGGCUACGGGCACGUCCUGGAGAGGCCGCCGGCCGCCGGCCGGCCCGCGCGCCUGGAGAGCCCCGGCGGCAGCCUCGACAGCCUGCAGGCCAAGAAGAACUUCUCCGUCAGCCACCUGCUGGACCUGGAAGAAGCCGGCGACCUGGGAGCCGCCCAGCCCGACGAGGGCGCCGCAGAGAGCGGCAGGCGCCUGCUGGAGUCGCCGGGGCUGACCAGCGGCAGCGACACGCAGCAGCAGGACGGUGACCAGCUGAAUUCUGAAGAGAAGAAGAAGAGAAAGCAGAGACGAAACCGAACCACCUUCAACAGCAGUCAAUUGCAGGCCCUGGAGAGAGUCUUUGAGCGGACACACUACCCAGACGCCUUCGUACGAGAAGACCUCGCACGCAGAGUCAACCUCACUGAAGCCAGGGUUCAGGUGUGGUUUCAGAACAGGCGGGCAAAGUUUCGCAGGAAUGAGAGAGCCAUGCUGGCCAACAAGAACGCAUCCCUCCUCAAGUCCUACGCAGGGGAUGUGACUGCAGUGGAGCAGCCAAUUGUACCUCGACCAGCUCCAAGACCCACUGACUAUCUCUCCUGGGGGACUGCCUCUCCAUACAGCAGUGCCAUGGCUUCUUAUUCCGCCUCCUGCACCAAUACCAGCCCUGCUCAGGGCAUGAAUAUGGCCAACAGCAUUGCUAAUCUGAGACUGAAGGCAAAGGAAUACAGUUUACAGAGGAACCAGGUGCCAACAGUGAAUUAGAGACAGCACAGAGCAAGAACGGCCUCCUUCAAGAAGAAAAAGCAACAUGUCAAGGGGCAGCCAUCCUACUUUGCAAUUUGUUCCAGCCCAGAAAACAAAGCAACCCAAACGAAAACUCAGAAUUGGGAAUAAAUGCAGGAUCCAAACUAAUGAGAAAUGUCUUCAAAAGUGACUCUCUUAUCCCCUAGAAAAGUCCUCCACUUAAAGUGCUAGCAAAUCUGUUUUAGCUCGAUAUACCACAAGCAACUUCAAUGAAGGAUACAGAGCUCUUGUUCAUCCUAGGAAUGACUGCAAACGAAGUACACUGGUUCUGCACUUGAAUUU